AAUUCGCCCCCUGACGGUAAAAGUGUUAAACUUUAACUCUUCUAAAUUGCUUCUGAUUUCAGCAGAUGAAGCUGCGGCAGUUGAAGCAGCUGCUGUUUUCUUCAUCCACGUGCUGCAACACCUGCAGGAUGGAAGCAGAAGAUUUUAGGAAUCUGAUGUUAAUCUCCAGUUAAAUUCCAGUUAAUCUCCAGUUAAUCUCCAGUUAAUCUCCAGUUGAUCUCCAGUUGAACUCCUCCUGCUGCUUCAGCAUCAGUGUCAGGAUGGCAGCGGCGGCUGAACCAGGAGGACUUCCUUGGAAACGUAGCAGCAGCCUCGAGCUCUUGCCUCCUUACAUGUCUGAGCUGAGGGUUGUUGUGCUGGGGAGCAGCUGGAUUCAGAGGAACUCAGUGGAGAACUUCAUACUGGAACACAGCGUCUUCAACACAGAACCUCUCAGCUGCACCAGAAACACCAGCCGGUUUAGAAACGAACAUGUAACAGUCAUCAACACUCCAGACCUGCUGAGUCCUACAGAGGACAAACUGAACAAGUUUCUAAAAGACUUUGCCAGAGUCUCUGAUCCUGGACCUCAUGUGUUUCUGUUGGUCCUACAUCCUGAAGACUUCAAUGAGGAACACAAACAGACGCUCUGCAGACUCCUUGAAACUUACAACCAUCAGUCGUUUGAUCGAUGCCUGGCACUGGUUACACCCAGAGAGGAGAGCUCAGGCUUGAGGGAAACCCACAUGGAAAAUCCAACAUUGAAGGAGAUGAUCAGAAAAUGCAGAUACCGACACCUGAAGAUGAGUGACAUCGACCGUUCAGAGCUGUUAACACAUUUGGGUCAAGUUGUAAAAGAGAACAACGGAGAACAUCUGACCUAUGGAGUAUUUGAAGAAACAACUUCACCAGCACUAGGAACGGGCGCGACCGCCUCAGGAACGGGCGCGUCCGCCUCAGGAACGGGUGCGUCCGCCUCAGGAACGGGCGCGUCCGCCUCAUCGGGAAAAGAAACCGGUGCGUCCUCCUCAGGAACGGGCGCGACCGCCUCAGGAACGGGCGGGACCGCCUCAGGAACGGGCGCGUCCGCCUCAGGAACGGGUGCGUCCGCCUCAUCGGGAAAAGAAACCGGUGCGUCCGCCUCAGGAACGGGCGCGUCCUCCUCAGGAACGGGCGCGACCGCCUCAGGAACGGGUGGGACCGCCUCAGGAACGGGCGCGUCUGCCUCAGGAAUGGUUUCCAGCAGCUCAGCCGAUUCAAACAGGGAAUUCUUUGACAUGGAUGGAAAGGAGGUCAAACCUGGAGACCUGAUCCACAUCUCCCGUGGUUAUCAGCACUGGGCUGUUUAUGUUGGUGAUGGAAACGUCGUUCACUUCGUACCACCCGGGGAAGGAUUAAUCCACAUCCCCCCCAUGCUGUUCGAGUCCUGCUCGAUCUCCUCGAGCUCCAGUACCGUCAUUGAUGUUGGUGAUAUUAGUGAUGGCAAAGUGUUGAAAGAGAAGCUGCAGGACGUGGUGAAGAAGGACAAGUGGACAGUCAUCAAUUUCCUGGAUCAUGAAUACAAACCUCGUCCAGCUGAUGUUAUCGUGAAGGAGGCAUGUUCACUGGUGGAUACAGAGAAGCAGUACCACCCGGUGAGGUACGACUCUGGAGACUUCGCCACUGAGAUGCGCUAUGGCAAGCCUGAGAGUCGGCAGGUGAGGAUGUUCGCAACACGAAUAAAACCAGCAGCAGCAGAAGUAGAGGCAGCUGCAGCUUCGGGACUGAAGAAGAGGAAAAGAAGCUCGAAACUUUCCAGCAGCUCAGCCGAUUCAAACAGGGAAUUCUUUGACAUGGAUGGAAAAGAGGUCAAACCUGGAGACCUGAUCCAGGUAUAUCCUGAUGAUUGGUAUUACCACUGGGCUGUUUAUGUUGGUGAUGGAGACGUCGUUCACUUCGUACCAACCAGGGAAGGAUCAAGUUCCAGCAGCUCCAUGGAGGCCGUGGAGGCCAUGGCCUCCUCGAGCUCCAUGAGCCCCAUGAGCUCCGUUGGUCUUGGUGAUAUUAGUGAUGGCAAAGUGUUGAAUGAGAAGCUGCAGGACGUGGUGGAAGAUAACUACUGGAUAGUCAACAAUCUCCUGGAUCAUGAAUACAAACCUCGCCCAGCUGAUGAUAUCGUGAAGGAGGCCUGUUCACUGGUGGAUACAGAGAAGCAGUACAACCUGGUGACGUACAACUCUGAACACUUCGCCACUGAGAUGCGCUACGGCAAGCCUGGGAGUCGGCAGCAUAAGGACGCAGGAAUAAAACCAUUAGCAGCAGAAGUAGAGGCAGCUGUAGGAACAGAAGAAAAGGACAACGUGCUCGAAAUGUAACGACGAUUGAUGUGCUACAUAAAUCUGCUCUAAGGAGCAAAAGUCUCCUCUCUUGUUUUUUCCUGCAUCUAUGUUUUGAGACCAGCACCUGUAUAGAUAUUGGAUGUGCGCGACCUAUUCCCCCCUUUGUUCCAGCUCUGGGACUUUGGGCAGUAAAAUCUAUGAAAAUGUAACUUGCAUAUCAAUCCAUGAUUCAUAUUUCAUAAAGUUUGGUCAAAUCCACACGACCUAGAAAUGAAGGUGCCGGUUCAGACAAGUUAAUCAAUAAUGUUCUUCUCUCAACUGAGAAUGAGCAUGAUGUAAAUGUGAAAGAAAUCAAAUAUUUCAUAUGAUGUAAACAGGAAUAUGAUUGAGGCUGAUCUGAUGAAUCAAUAAUAAAAUUCUUACAAUUAAAAUGAA